AUGCCUCGACAAAAACUUCCAAGCUGGAGAAGCUUCUUAACAGUGGAGCCUGUCAUACUAUUUUAUGCUUACGGCCUCUUAACAGCCUUUCCUUUGUUUCGGCAAUAUGUGUACAGUGUCAUCAGUGACAGGAAAGGGUUUCCAUAUAAGGAGCUAAUGAUGGAAAAAGAAGGCACUGGGUGUCAUGAAGACGUCUUUGGAGCAAACGCCACUUUAAAACGACUAGAGGAAGAAGUAAGACGGAUUAAAUUUUUUUAGUUUACUUAGCUGUCUGAGGGCGGCACAUAGGGGUCUAAUGGGGUUUCCUCACUUCUCCACCCUUAAUCACGUCACAUCCGUAAUCUGUAAUUUGACAAAAGAAUUUUCCACCAAUAAUCUUGGUGCUUUUAUUUCAAAUUGAAACUACUUAAGGAAGUUCAAGUCGUACUCUGACCACUAACCGGGAAGCUACUUCUCGAAAGUUCUGCGUUCAUCAGCGCACAGAGAUACCAAGUGGAUGAUAACAACUGAACGAUCGAAUGCAAAUUUUUAUUUUACUUUAUUUAUUUGAGAAACUGAACCUAACCUUUGACGUUCUUGUUAUCUUUUUGUCAUUACGCAGGUGCAAAGUCUAGCCACAAAAAUAGACUUAGGGAACACCUUUUUUAUGACUAUUCCGUCACUAAUCGUUGCACCAUUUUGGGGUCCUUGGACUGAUAAGACAGGUCGGACAAAACCUGCCCUCAUAGCACCUGAAAUUGGAGGUGUUUUAGGCACUAUAGUGAUGCUUAUGGUAAUGUACCUCGAUUUGCCUUUGUAUAUGAUGUUUGUGGGCUCAGCUCUGAUCGGAAGUUCGGGAUUUUUGACGACUCUCUCGUUAGCCGUCAUGUCUUAUAUCGCCAAGACAACUGAGAAGACAGGAAUAGCCUUCAGAUUAGGUGAGACCUAAGAUAUAUAAGUGCACUACCACACCCACAAACAUAGCUGAUAUCAUAUAGAGGGAUCAUGAUAACCUUUCUGACUAUUCUCAUUCUUGCUAGCCUGCGAAAAAAUCCGUUUCUCCUAGCUCUUCGCCGCUGGGUCCCCAGCGGCGAAGGGCGAGGAGAAACGGAUUUUUUCGCAGGCUACAUUCUUGCCUGUUACCAUGAUGUUGGUAUCGCAGGCACGGCGAAUAGCCUGGGAAAACUCGCCCCAUGUUAGGAAAUCUGGAGCCCGGAAUCGAAGAAAUAGUUGCUAGUGGAUACCAGAAUCCUGGGCUUUGAAACCCUGAAAACAGCUCAAGGAAUCCGGAAUCCCACUGACGACAGAAUCUGGUAUCCAAGUCCCACUGAAUCUGGAAUCCAGUACCUUGGAACCCAGAAUCCAUAGCAUGGAAUCCAGAAUCCAAGAUUGUCUUGGAUUCCCUUACAUGGGGCGAGAAAACAGUCGUUUGCUGUUGUUCACCGCUACGAGGGACAGUGAAAGGCGGCUGUAUUCGCAGGAUAGCGCUUGAAAGAGACAGUAAACAGAGGAAGAUCGGCAGCAAGGACCCAGAAGGAGCGAUGUUUCAGGCCUGUAUAGCGGUACUUCAUGUGUAGAAAGAAGUAUAGAGAGAAUGCUAACUGUUUCGUUUUACUUUCAGCCAUCAUGCAAAUGCUUGUUUUCACUGGUGGAGUCAUCAGUCAGCUGACUAGUGGUUUGUGGAUUGAUAGGUUCGGGUUUAUUGCCCCAACAUGGCUCGUCCUUGCCUGUCUAUUGGCGAGCGGCUUCUGGGCCAUAUUCAUGGUGCCAGAACUCCAUAAUCAAACCGCGAAUGUCAAACACAAGUUUUUUGAUCUCAAAAAUUUGAAGAUUCUUGUAAACGUCUUCAAGAAGCCACGCCCACGGGGUGCACGAAAAACUCUGCUGCUGGUGGCGAUUGCAGGAGCUAUUCUAACCGUAACGGUUCAGGGACUUGGAGGUGUUCCAGCUCUUUUCGUGAUGAGAAGUCCGCUGUGUUUUGGUCCAACGCUUGUAGGUUACUUCCUGGCGUACAGGAUGUUCCUUCAGGGAUUUGGAGGAGCAGUGGGAGUAAAGUUGUUCCGAAUGUGUGUCAGCGAGAAAACAACUUCUCUUAUCGCGAUUAUUAAUCAGAUGGUUGAAAUGGGAAUCCUGGCGUUUGCAGACCGCACAUGGUUGGUUUUCACUGGUAUGUAGGCAGGGUUUUGUAUGUGAUCUGUCGUGAAUGUUUUUUUCUGAUGUGAGUGGAUUCAAAUAAGCUUGUAUGCAGCAUCUCCUAACGCAAAGGAAAUAGCGGAAGUCUGUAUACACAGUCGAACCUCGCUAUUUCGAACUCGGUCAAUUUGAAGUCCCUGCUAUUUCGAAGGAAGAUCGAAUGCCCUUGGAUUUACCCUUCCCCUUUACGCUUCCCCGGUUAUUUCGAAGCCCCGCUAUUUUCCAUUUCCCUUGGGACUUCGAAAUAGCGGGGUUCGACUGCAUACAACCUAUGUAAAACCAAGUUUACUGGUGAGCGCAACGUAAUGGCUAAAGUUGAAUAGACCUUUCCCGUUUUCCCGUAUUGGACAACUUGAUGCAAAUCACUGUAUUUAGUCCACCCAAGGCUCUAAUUUGUGCCAGUUAGUCGCAGUCAUGAAUUCAUUUCUAAAUUUUGCAAUUUUUCGUCUUACUCUGUAGUACCCGCGUUGGGUUUUCUCAGUGGAGCUGUCGGUCCAAUUUUGACCGCAGUUGCAUCAAAGACAGUCGAAGCUGAUGAACAGGGUAUGUGCCUGUAAGAUCGCAAUAGCACGGGGGGAUUUAAAACUACAAUACUAAUACGUUUUGAUGUAAAAAUUGGGAGGCAUAGAGUUGCUAAACAAGUAUGGAAGGUUGUAAUAGAUUAUUUUGUUGCAUGGCAACGUAAUGUGUUCAAUGGAUGAAUAGUGGGGAACGGAUCCAUCAAACUACAGAGCGUUUUCACAUGACGUCAUGGCGGCCAUAUUGUUGUUCCAAAACAAAGAAACGACGGCCAUGUUAGUGUUCCAAGAUUUACCAAUAAUCCUGUGGGAGUUGAAUUCUUCUCUUAUGCAAACGCUUUCUUUUGUGCCAAUAAAUUUCCGUACAUGUUGCAAUUGGCCACGUGAGGGAAAAUGUUCUAUAGCGGGAGGAAGGAUGUGGACAAGAGUUAAGUUGGGGGCUAUCAUUAAAACUGAUGUACAAGAAAUGAAACACUCACUGGUUACCAUUUUUUUGCACUUGUUUCGUCAGUCCCGAUAAAAGUUUUAUCUGCCCACCGCGGUCAAACGUCCAAGGCAUUGUCUUCUUAUAUUUGCUAAGAUUUCAUUUACCAGUAAUAAGAAAAGUGGGCAAGGAUCUAUUAAAUAAUUAGUUAACGUAGCUAUCUUUUCCCUUUUGUUGAAGUAAUAUUGAGCAUCGUUUAGUUGAAAAAGCUUUGCGCCCGAGUAAUCUUAUGCUAUUAAAAUGGCUCCGACCAUAACACUAGUUCAGUUUUCAAACAUUUACAACCUUUUUAGUGAACUUUUAAAAAAAUUAGGAAAUUAAAUAGUAUUAGAUCUGCUAUAAACUUUUCCAUUUGAAGAAUUUAUUUCUCACAAAAUAAAGAAUUUUGCAAAAUAAAAAUUACACAGGUCUAUCCGAGGUGUCUAUUAUUGUCACACCUUAGUUGUGAUUUCCGAUUUGUAUCACAGGCUCAAAAAAAUCAAGAAUUACAUAUUUCUGGCUUUUCCUCGAUAAUUACGAAAAAAAAUAAAAUUGGAACUGACUUAUAUUUCAGGCCGCAGCCAAAAAUUCCAAAAUGUUCCCUCAUUGCCGGAAUUUUAAGACGUUUUUCCUUAACAUGAAGUGAAAAAAACUGGCAAGUUUCAGCGCGUAUUUUAUAUCCUCAUCUUUUUCCAUCAUUUUGUUUUCAGUGCGGUCCAACGCAGUCGCAAAACCGCCCUUAAUUUUCAUCGCGCUGCGCUGUUUUCUUCGUCGUCAUCUUGAAUUCUUACGAGUAAACCGCUGUUCUUAAUGUUUGUUGUGACACUGACUCGAUUGUAGCUCGGAACGUGGCGCGAAAAUGCGAAAAUCUUCGUUUGAACUCGUUUCGUGACGUGCUUUCAAUAUGGCGUCGUAAACAAUGUGUUAGCCUUAGCAACGCGCUUAUUUGCAUAAUAGGUCAUUUAACUGUGGCCUUAUCUGUCAUCAACCUUGAAAGUAUCAUAUAUCUAAUGUGUCUCUAGAAGGCUUUUUACAUUCACACCUUCGUCUGGAGCUAUACAAGGACGAAACAGCGGUCAUGACCGUGCGCAUGCGUGAAAUACUGUCCAUACCAAAGAGAUUGUGUGCUGGUGGGGCUUUGUGCUGCCAUAUUUCUGUUUGGCUAAUAUUGUGCAAACGAAUAAUUUGGUUUCUUUUUUUAUUCAGGUUCCUUGUUUUGUGUCUACGGGAUUCUGAAUGUCUUUUCUAAUUUUAUUGGUGCAAUGAUUUUUAACAAUGUAUACGAAUCGACGCUGGGCAUUGGCUUUAAUGGCUUGGUAUUUCUGUUAAACGCUGGUUUGAAAACUUUUCCACUUGUAAUCAUCAGGUAAUGAAAAUCAAGGUCGUUGUAAUUGUUUCGUCUCAUUGAAGACCAUGCAGUCUGAUCGGCGCGGUGAAUGAAAGAACAUCUGUCAACCUGUUCUAUGAUAGCAACUUGCAUUAUGGCUCUUUACUGUAAUAGCUAAAAUACUCUUCAAAUUUCGUUGAAACACUAGACUGAAAGUGAGGUUUUUUCAUGUCACGCCUUUUCAACCAACUUAUCCAGCUUUUCCCCGUGGGUACUUCUUCUCUCCUUCCCCAAUGUUGAGAUUGGCGAUUAUUUACAACCCAUGGGUGAUACGUGACCAGAUGUGAAUCAACAUUGGGGAGGGCGUAAUGUGACGUUAAGUGUUUCAACAAAUGUCUGGAGUAUUGCAGCCUCUCCAGUACAUGCGGGAUCAUUUGAAACUUGGCUUGUCUUGGCUUUGUUUAAUAGUACUGUUUGAAAGCUCUUUACCAAAGUCAAGUGACUUUUAAUUUUUUAUUUUGUUUCUUGUUUUCCAUCGGCCGUUUUCUCAUCACACCUAUAUCUGUUGCUCAAUUGUGCUUCAAUCUUAAACUUCUUGGCUAAAAUUACAAAACAUGGAGUUUAAUAUUUUGAGUUUUUUUUGGAUGAUUAAUAAUAACCCUUCUUCAAUUUAAAAGCCCUGAUUAUUUUCGUGCUAAGAUUUGGAAACGAGUUACCAUGCGUUUCGGUUCAUCAUCUUCUUCAAAAUACUGGAAAAGUUAUUUCCUUUAAUGACGUUUCAGGAAUUCAGUACCUUGUUAAAUUCAGUUAAGAAGGAGUUUGGGGCAGAUAGGUUUUUUCCACCCUGUGCAUGUCUUUCGUUUAAAGAAUAGCAGUUAUGGGAGUUUUUAGUGUUAUUUUGAAAGUGCAUCACUGGCUCAGAAACUUAAUUUCAUUCUUUCUAAUAACAUAAUAAUCAUUUGUGUUUACCGGGCAAGAACUCUGAGAACGUCAUGACCUAAGUGCUUUUGUUUCUACAUUUCCUGUUUUGUAGCUGCAUGCACAUUUCAUCGCCAGAAAUUGAAGUACAACAGAUAGAAAUGGUAGAUGAGAAGCCUGGAUUGAAGAGCGAAGAAGCAAAUGGCAAUAAAGAAGACGACACCUCAUUAACUAAAACGAAGAGUAAUAACGAUGUCAAUGAGAACCAAGUAGACAAAACAGCCGAGAACCCAGAACACAUAGAGCUUGUGCAGAAGACAGCAAAUAGUUAAAACAUUAACUGGGAAAACCUGGUUCGCUUUUUUCCCGAAGCCUUACAAUGGACUCACUAACGGGAUUAAUAAUGGGGUGGUUUAUCCGUUCUUUGCUUACCGAUCAGAAUUAACCAUGCAAAUCAUUUUUGAAUCCAUAAAUAUUUUGUAAGUCAGUUUAGAAGAAAAAAUAAUUCUAUUAUUUGAGCUUUUAAGGUAGCUGAAAAAACUUAGUCAGCUCUUUCAAAAACAACAACAACAACAGCAACCAACAACAAUUAAAUUCACUCCAGAAUGUGAUUGUAUUGUACAAGUCCUAUGGGCUCCCGAAGCAUUUGAAUCUUUUUUUUCUUUCUAAAUACACUCGAAAUAAAGGGGAUAUAAGGUAGGAAAAAAGGUAGUCCAAUCACGAUAUGGUUGUAUAGUGCUAUCCACAAGGGUAAAAUCCCGACAAGCGACAUGGUCCUGAAACAGCGACUCAAGACAGCUUAGAAUGGCGACAAACGACACAAAGAUGGGCUGAAACUGCGACAGCGAGGAAGAAAAGCUUAUAAACAGUAUUAAGAGCGGAUUACAGUUAAACGCCUUGUUUGUAUUAUACUUGAGCACUUUUCCUUGAAAAUCUUGUAAAAAUAUCAUUUGAUUUUAAAAAUAAAUCACUCAUUUUGAAGUUCUUAGAACGAUGAGUUUUUGAGAUUUUUUUGGUGAAGCUAGAAUAUUUGUAAUCAAUAAAACUUUGAAGGGCAAAUGUUAAAAGUUAUGGAAAAAUGAGAAAAUACUGGAUUUAAGGGUAGUUAAAAAUUAUUAUUUGAAGUGAAUAAUUAAUAGACAAAAAGACCAGAGAGUCCGUCACCGCAACAAGGUGGCCCUGAGCCAAUUCAGAGCGGACUAACUGGCUUACGUGUAAUUACCCUUUUCUAUCUUUCUUUCUUUCAUUUUCAAUUCAACCCCAAUUCCCCCAAAAUUCAACUGUAAUCUCCCCUUAAAAUUCUAUCAGGGACAUAACCCUGGGCUUCAGAGCCAAUAUUCUCGCCACUAACAGGUGAUACGUUACCCAGGAAUUGACCCACGUAUUGUCAGACGCGAAUGCAAACGUCUGGCGUUAAAAUGAAGUGCGAACGUGAGACUAUCCUUCUAAUCGAAGGCAACGGGUAAAACUUGGAAACGUUCCGCAUUCGACAGGGCAGGAUAUAACGGCUGGAAUUCCCCAAGGAUCCCUACUUGGCCCUGCUCUAUUUAACAUAUUUAUGAAAGAUCUCGUUAGAUCUCGUUUACGUGAUAAAACGAAGCAACCUAUCGACAUACGCAGGUGACAGAUAUUCUUUGCCGAUAAGGAUCCUUUGAUAGUCCGAGAAACCGGUAGACUCUGACUUAUCAUACCUAGUAGAUAAAAUAGUUUUUGGAAAGUGGCAUGAAACUGAGAAACCUGCACUCUAAAUACCAGGCUAUGCAUGGUGAUGGCACCUGGCAUUUCUGAAAAAAAAAAAAAUUGUUAAUUGCUUGUUUACCCACGAAGCACCUAGGAGUUCACAUGAACUCGUUUAAACGUGUCCGUGCGUUCCAGAUCGAAUUGGAAUUUGAAAGUGUUGGUUUUCGAGGAGAGGGGAAAACCGGAGUACCCGGAGAAAAACCUCUCGGAGCAAAGGAGAGAACCAACAACAAACUCAACCCACAUAUGGCGUAGACGUCAGGCUGAGUCGAACUGGGAGAAGAGAGCUCUCACCACUGCGCCAUCCCUUGCUCUCCAAUAAGGGUUAAGCUAAAAAACUGGUAAAAAGUAAAUGAAAGAGCCGUUCGGUUUGUUUUUAGAGUAGACAUACUAUAUAUGAAGAACUAUUUUAAGCUUCUAGGUGCGGAAGAACCCUGAUAGAGCAAAGAUUGCAUAAAAUCCUCUGUUCGGUUUAUAAACUGGUAAAUCAUGAAACAAACCCGGAGUAUUUGAACCAGUUAAUCUCAUCAAGAGAAACAACAUAUACCUUGAGGGGAAAGGAUAGUUCUGAUUAUUGUAAUAGUAUCUACGAAUGGUCCUUUUAAUCGACUUUGUGAAUACUUUUUGAUAGCAUUCCUAAGUUUGAUACGAUUGUAAAUAGCUUUUGUACAGUGUCUUAUUUAUUUUUAUCACAUAUUCUAUUUAUUUUAUUUGCAGUGGCAUACCUGAAAAUAAACUGGUGAAGUUUUCUUUUACUGAGACUAAUCCAUAUCGCUAAGCCCCGUUUUAAACGUUGUGCUACUGCCGUGCUUGAAGCUGGCUCAACUGUAGCUCGACUGCAGCACUAGCACGACUUGGUUUCAGAUGUCGAAUUUAAUUCAGUCGAAUAGAAGUCGGCUGUUGCCGAAACAAAACACGAAGGAGGUUACGUAAUGUAUUCUAGUGUAUUUAUAAUGUAUGAAUAGAGUUCGGCUCGGGGUACAGCGGUAGUACCAUACAUCGCGCUACUGCCGUGCUUUAAGUCGAAUUCUUGAGUUCGGCACGGCAGUGGCAUGACGCUUGUAACGGGGCUGUAUGUUCCAUUGUAUUGUAUUGUAAACCCCAGCACUGUGCUUUGACUAGCAAUUUCGUUCCAAGGGACCCUUCCCUUUGAAGAAAAGGCCGCUAGAAACGAAGUGCUUUAGUUAGUUGUUGUUUUCAAUCUAACCGAGGAGCAGGCCGGGAGUGUUAGGCGUGAUUUGGCAGAUUGGCUCCCAGAUGUUUUCGUGUGGUCCCUUCUUGUGAGCCUGAAGCUGGCUAGUCAUGCAUAAUAGGUAGUCACGAGAUCUCUUUGUAUACAAACACGCGCUUUUGAUACCAUGAACACAAUUUAUUGUAGUCUUGUGAGACCUUUAUAAGAAUAUUCAUGCGAAACUUGGAACCCUCAUACUAAACGUAACAUUGAUAAAUUGGAGGCUGUUCAGCGAAGAGCUACCAGAUGGAUCACUAGGUCUGAUGAUGAUUAUGAUACUAGACUAUCUAAGCGAAAAUAGUUGUCAUUAUCUAAUACGGAGGUUCUCUGGAGACGUUACAUUUUUUUAAUGUAAUUAAUGGACAUUAUGAUAUUGACAUUUCAAAUAAGCUCAUAUUUUGUGAGGACAGAAAUACAGGUUAUAACUUGAGGAAAAAUGACACACAGGACCUUGUUCCAAAUUUUAGUGGAACUGAUGGUUUUAAAUAUAGUUUUUUUUAACCGUAUUGUAAAUGAAUGGAAUGGUUUACCCAAUCAUAUUAGAGAAUCAAAGAGUAUUGCAACUUUUUAAAAAUGUUUUAAGCUUUAUUAAGGACAACUAGAACAUUUAUAUUUCUAUUUGCAUAUAUUUUUCUUAUAUUUUAAUUAGUGGGGGCAUCCCUAGUAUGGCGCAUUGGCGCUUUUGGUUGUCUCCUUCUCCACAACUUUUUAUUUUAUUUUUAUUUUUAUUGUAGCGUUAGCUUAUUUCAUUUCAUUAUUUGCUUGUAAUGUAUAGAGUGAAUCUGUAAUAAAUAAAUAAAUAUCUGUAAUAAAUAAAACGUGGUCUUCAUGUGACGCAAACCCACGCAAUUUAAGCCUGAAGCUGGCUAGUCAUGCAUAAUAAAUAGUCACGAGAUCUCUUUGUAUACAAACACACGCUUUCGAACCAGGCCUGCUUUCGAACGAAAACGUGGUCUUCAUGUGACGCAAACCCACGCAAUUUAUCAGUGACUGAUUAAAUGAAGAAUUUAUUAAGUUAAAAACUAAUAUCCUCUGCACCCAGUCUGUACGUAAAGAUGUGCGAAAAUGUAGAUUGAUGCAAGUCAGAUCAGAUGCGGUCAGGUGUGUAUUUUCGUUUCAUAUUCUCUCGUAGUCAACGGUACGUCAAAAGUUGACUAAAGUACACUGUCAUUUUUGUAAACUUCAGUUGCAAACGUACAAACGACCCUAUUAACUGUCGCCUUCGAGGAACUGACUAUUGGCACAGUAGUUUCUGUUGCAAGCGUGGCCACGUACUGGUAUAAGGACAAUCUACUCAUGUGUAAUCAUGAAAAAUUUCAGUCGAUGAGUCUCGGGUCGAAGCAUAAAAAUAAACAGAUGAAAAUUGAUGUUAUGAACAAUGAUAUUGAGAGUCACUCUGAAAUGUAAUUAUUGGGAGUGACCAUUGACGAGCAUUUGAAUUUUAGUAGGCGUAUUGGAGAGGUAUGUAAAAACGCAUCUAGAAAGGUUGGAGUUUUGAUGAGGCUUAGAAACAUGUUAACAACAUCAGCCAAACUUAAGAUUUUCAUUUCUUUCAUAAUGCCUCAAAUUACAUACUGUCAUACAGUGUGGCAUUUCUGUCGGGCGUCGAAUAGCAGAAAGAUGGAGCGAGUACAAGAGCGAGCGUCAAGAGCCGUCUACUGCGAUACGAGAAGUUCAUAUACGAUGAGCUCUUGAGAAAAGCUAAACUCACGACACUAGGCUGUCGGCGAUUGCAGGAUAUAGCCAUAAUUAUGUAUAAGGCAAAGUACAAUAUAUGCCCUCCGUAUAUAAAGGACAUUUUUAAGCUCGAUAAACCUCGCUAUGGGCUCAGAAAUUCUGGUGACUUUUUAUUCCUCGAUACAACACAACAACUUACGGGAGACAUAGCCUAAGAUAUGUGGGUCCAGCAAUAUGGUCUAAAUUAAGCAAGGAUGUAAAGAACGCAGAAUCAAUUUACAGCUUUAAAAAGAAAAGUAGUAAGGUAGAUCUUGAAAAAGUAAUCACAGAGGGCUGUAAAAACUGCUUUCUAGACAAAAGGACACCUCUUAAUCAAUAACUAUUAUUUUAUAUGAUAAAUCCGAAUACGUUUUAUCGAUUUUUUUUUAGUAUGUAUAUUUUUGUAAAUUUUAUUCUUUGUAAAUAUUUUUUUUAUAUGAAUUAGUUAGAGCUGAUAGUAUUUUAAUUUAGUGUCCCCUAUAAGUAGGCCGUACAUGGCCAGCUAGAAGACCUGACACUGAAAUAAAGUUUAUCAUCAUCAUCAUCAUCAUCAUCAUCAUAUUUCUUGGUGGAUAAGACAAACUUUACGUAAAACACAAUUCAGUUUUUGUUCCAACACUGAUAGAUUUCUUCCACAACGUUCACCAUGAUGUGGGCUGAUGCAAUAUAGUGCAAUCAGCCUCGACCUAGUUUUACAAUCUCGCACAUGCACUUCCGGUGACUAAUUUCCGGUUACAGUUGAGUUUGAGUGUCCAACAGUUUCGACCAUAAUUUGCAUAAAUGCUUAACAUUUUAUGACAAAGUAUUGAUACCGUUUCACUAGUUACUAUUGCGAUUGUUGUUUAUAAAGAUGUAAAUCACAAGCGAAAGAGCUGAGCACUUUCUUUCAAGACGAUUUUUUAAUGAAAGUUUAGGACGAUUCCACAAACUGCACAUUAUUACUGAUAAAUAAAUAGUAUCAUUAUAUUUCCGAGUUCUCUUGGAAUCAGUCAACCUUGCUUGGUCACAGUCUUUCUCGCCAGCGUAACUGCUACAGUUGUCAGUGUUGCAAAAAUUAUCUUAACGGUGGCGACGAGCUGUUCUAGUCAUGUACGGUUCGGAACGGUAAAGAUUCGUCGCACUUUGCAGACGUUCUUUGGGCAUCGUCACGCAAUCUGCUCCCAAAAAUCGUGAGCAGGAACGCGUGACGAAGCACCUGAAGAACAUCAACUUGAACACGCCAUAUUAGACACAGCUGGCUUCUCGGAAACAGACUAGACACUGGUAAUUGUGGACAAAUGGCACAGAAAUCUCACGACAUUCCAGUCAAAGCGAGAGAAAGGUAAAUAACCUCAGAAAAUUUAACCGGGUUUCGACUCAAAAGGUAAUUGCAAGCACUCUUUUAUCAUAUGGUAUGUCACUAUUAUUAGAGAUAUUUGGAUUGGGUACCAUUUAGAUUGAUAAAUCCACCAUAAGGGCAGAAAUCGAUUAAAAUGCAAGAAAUUUUACGAUACACCUACGACCACUGUUUUAGAGCCUACUUGUUACCUAAACUAUAUAAAGAGGACCACAACUUUUAACUCUCUCCAACUCUCUCUCUUAUGUUAGACACCCGCUAUUCAGCCAAAAAACUGCAGGCGUGACGAGCCAGCACGACUGAUCUGAUUCAUCAAAAUGAGUCACGCAAGCACAACAAGUCAGCUUCGCAAUUCCGAUUCUGGUUGCCCACACCCCAUCCAAACGUGUUCUCACGAAAGUCAAACGUCAUUACUAAAACCUGUCAUUAAGGUAGGCAGUUGAGGCAAAGAAAAUUAUCAGUAAUACAACGCGUACGUUCUACGUUGAAAUAUUUUUUGUCUACUGCACUAUCUUGGAGAAAACUGCACGGGAAAAUGCCCCAGUUUGAAUUGAGAAUGUCUUUCCUUUUGCAUUCAUCUAAAAAAGACGAAAUUAAAAACCUCUUCUUCCUCUCCCCAACUCUCCCGCUAUUUAUUGCUAGUUAAUGAAAGGCCACAGUCAGGGUGACCCUGAAGAGACGCAAACACCAUUGAAUUGGGAGGGGGAGGGAUCACAUAAUGUGUCGUCUCGGGGGAACGGUGGGUAAUUUUCUCAACAAUUCAGUGGGAGUUUUUAGUGGAGCAAAAAGCAAUCAUAAUGCAAAAUAUGGGAAGUAAUUAAGUAGCCACGAUUUUCUUGUUGUCCUUAUCCCUGAAAGCCAAUUGUUUUGGAUCCUUUUAUACUCUCUUAGAUUCCAUCAAGGAACACUCUUCCACUAUGGAGAAAGUAUUUGACGGUGGAACCUGUAGUUUUUUUCUACUUCUACGGCUUUCUAAUGUAUAUACCAGUUGGUGGAAUAUACGUGUACGAACGAGUCAGUGAAAUGAAGGGCUUCCCGUAUAAAAAUGUCAGUCGAGAAAAAGAAAGUUGUGGAGGUGAAAAUUUAAACAGAAACUCGUCACUAUGGCGUCUUGAAGAAGAGGUGAGGCGAACGUUUUAGCUAUAGGCACAGUUUCACAGAAAUAGACAUGAGACAAACUCGAGACAUUUUACCGCUGCAGUCCUACGCCGCGCACGUGCUUGUGUGGUUUGGUACGAUAUCUAGAGAUAUAUUUCAUACAUUUUAGAGAUAAUUUCGUACAUUACCAACAGGCAAAUCUCAGAUGCUCUCUCACCGGCCUGGCCAAGCGUGCCGUUCAAGAAACGGCUUGAUGCAUAGGAGUAAUCCUCAAUUAUGUAUUUGAAUCCAAGUAAGAUGAUGUUCUUAGCUAAAUGUUUUUAAUGCUUUAUUUGUUCAGGUUCAAAGUCUUGCCUCUGAAAUCGGAUUAAUCUACAACCUUUGUCUUGUCAUCCCCUCUCUUCUUUUGGCUCCCCUGUGGGGACCCUGGACAGAUAGGGGAGGGAAGCGAAAACCCGCCCUGCAGUUUGCUAUCUUAGGCGCAUGCCUAGAGAUGAUAGUCACAUUACUGGUGAUGUACUUCAAAUGGUCUGUAUAUGUCUUAUUCUUAUCCGCGACAAUCAGUGGGUUCUCUGGUUUUGCUACAGUUUUGAUGGUUGGAGCCACGGCGUACAUAGCUGAUAUUACUGAGAAAGAAGAAAGAGCUUUUCGAAUAGGUGAGAAGCCUACUGUAACGAGGUCAGUAGCUAAGACUAAACUUGAUAAAAUAAACAGUAUUUCACAGAAUUUUUUUAGUCAACCAUGAUUUGACGUGAUGAAGGCCUUUAAAUCUCGAUCUCAUUUUGAUUAUAAUAUUCGUAUCCUCCACUGUCACACCAUCACAGUAUGUCUACUUUUUGCGUAUUUAAACGUUAUACACAAUGGGUCUGACAGCAGCUGUCGAGAGACUUGCAGAAUCUUGUUAAAAAUUAAUUUUGUAUUUUUUUUCUCUUAUUUACAGCUAUAUUGUAUCUGGCAAUUUUCUUAGCUGGUGUCAUCAGUUUAUUGACCAGCGGAUUCUGGAUGGAAUAUGUAGGUUUCAUCCCAUCCGUCUGGUUUAUAUGGUCCUGCUAUUUUCUCGCUGGGGUCUGGACUCUUUUCUGCGUGCCAGAAAUUCCAAAGCCAGUCACAGACACGUCAGCUAGCUUUUUUAGCACUGAAAAUAUCAAGGGUUUUGUCAAUUUGUUCCGAUUGCAAAGAGAAGCUGGUAGAAAGAAUCUCUUUCUGUUGAUGUUCUGUGGGGGGGUCAUAUUCUUGUCCAGAGUGGGUAGCGAUGGCGUAGAGACGCUUUAUGUAUUAAGAAGUCCUCUCUGUUGGCGCCCAACGUUGAUGGGUUAUUACUCCGCGUUUGAAAUGUUUGUGGAAGGUAUUGGAAGCGUAGUCGGGGUAGAGAUCUUUAGACGUUGUUUUCGGGAGAUGAAUGUUGUGCGCAUUGGUAUAGUGACGUUUAUGAGUGCAUCGGUUCUACUUGCUUUUUCAGAUCGUACUUGGAUGAUUUUUGUUGGUAAGUGAAUAUAACAAAUAAAAUCGUAUUCGAGAUCUAAAAUCUUUUUAAAAGGUCUUUUUUAUUCAAACAACCUCUCUCCCGACCCGUCCCGGGGUAUCUUUAUUAUUAACGUUCCCAGAUCUCUCUCUGUCUUACACUAAGAGGUCUGGGAACCAGAUUAGGCCCUCCUCUUGAAGGAACUUUAUUUCAACACAAAAUUCAAAGAGUUGAUCGCUGAUUUGCAUUGAAGCUGUGUUACAAACUUAGAGAUAUAUAAUAAGACAAAAAUGAAUUACAAUGUAAAAUGAUAAAAAGAUCGUGUACAUACCCGUAAGCCCCCCCCCGCUUUUAUAGGCCCAUCUACCUUUAAACAACAACAAAAAAUACAUCCGGUUAAAAGCUCUCCUCUAACAUCGUGCAGUGAAAUGAAUGCGACUUUUUACGAGGUUUUGAAGGUUAAAAAGCAAUCAAAUUCAAAAUUCUUUUGAUCAGCACAGCCGCACUGCUAUGUAGCUUGUUUUCGGAAACACUUGUUUAGUCCGGUUAGAAAGUUUUAUAAGUCCAGGGCGUAUACCCGGAAGUUUACGGUGUAAAACAAGACAGUUAAUCUAAACUUACCUAAAGGAAAUAAUUGAGCAGGCCCCGGUUGUUCAAACGUUGGAUGGCUCUAUCCACCGGAUAAAUCACUAUCCAGCAGAUAAGUAUUAGGGAAACCAAUUGUGCUAUCCAUUGGAUAGAUUUUUAUCCUGUGGAUAGCGCUAUCCAAUGCUUGAACAACCGCGGCCAGAUGAAUAAAGCGAGCGGGCCAGGCCAGAUCAACGCCGCGCGCACUCACGUAAUCUCAUAUCGACUAACACUAAAAAGUAGGUAGGGGCUAUUUGACUGUAGAUCUAGGUCAGGGGCGGAUCUAGGGGGAGGGUGCAGGGGGUGCGCACCCCCCCCCCCCCAAGAUGACCUGCGGUUUUCUAAUACAACUGGUAUUCUGCAAAAUAAAAAAACUACGUGGUUGAUUGGUGUUGAAGUUGAGCAAGAGACGAGUGCACCCCCUCCUAAAAAAAAUCCUGGAUCCGCCCCUGUAGGUCAAACAAAGCUUCCUGAAAAAUUAAGGUAAUAAAAUUAAUUUAAUUUAUUUCGCUAAUUUCAGUUGGGACCGUUGGUAUCUUCAAUGCACUUCCUGACCCAGUGCUAAUGGGUGAAAUGUCAAAGAUUGUGGGAGAGGACGAACAAGGUAAUUCACUAACUAGUUUCUUUGUAGACAUUGCUGAUAGACAUGUCAUUAAGUUACUACCCUCUUAGCUUCUGACCAAACUCGUUAACAUUUGCACAUGGCGUACACUGUUUUCAGUCGCGUGCCUCGUUUAGGAAACUUAGCAUUCGAAUCAAAUCGGGCCAAUAUCCCAGCUUGUUUAUCUUAUACGCGACUUCAAAUUGCUCAAUUUCCUUCCAAAAAAGUUCAUUGCCAAAUAUAACUAUCUUUGUUUGCCCAUGUAAACGGGGAAGUUCGCCCAAUACAGGACAGUAAGAUUUAAGGGCGAGGACGACUAUGAGGACCCGGGACCCGGAAAGCUUUAUUGUACUUUUUUUUAUCACCGGAAAGUUUAGCACAGUUAUUCUUAUUGAAGGAAUUUAAGCUCUCUUCCAAUCACAAAGCGCUAAAACUUCUGUUAAACAUUCUACUCGUAGAAAGCCAAAAUGACGCUUUUCUCAACUAUUGAGUAAAGUCGUCCAUGGACUUAAAAGUCUCUGCUUUAAGUGCCAAAAGUCAAAUCUCUCUUCAAAACUGACAUCGCUGGGAAUGCCAUCAUGUGUCCGACUUAGAGAGCUAUGCGCCUUAUGUAACGUCAAAGAAGAUGACUGAAUAACAAUAGGAAACAGGUCUAGGUGUCUGUUUUAGAGAGGUCUCAUCGUUAUAGAGGUUCGAAAGUGCUGACGUCAUUGUGAAUUUUCUAUCCUUUAGGUUCCCUGUUUUCUGUGUAUGGUGUUGUUACCGCUGUAAUGCAGCUUGUGGGCGCUGCGAUUUUCAACAAUGUAUACCAGGCGACCCUGGGGCUGACAUUCCCGGGCUUAGUGUUCGUAAUCCGCGCCGGGUUGGUUAUCAUUCCUUUUGUUUUGGUCAGGUAAGCGUCGGUUGAUGAUUCCGUUAGUUCAGCACUUACAAACUGGUCAUAAUAGCUAAAAUAAAAACAGUUACCGAGCAGCGACAACAACAACAACAAGAACAAAAAUAACAUCUAAAGAACAAACGACUUAUUAAAACUGACGAAAGAUAAACGAAAAAACUAAAAGUGACAACGGAUAGGCAAUACCAUGACUCAAAACAGAUUGAUGGCAUUAAAUUAAAGAUAUGUUUAUGGAGUUUGUAUUUUGCACAGGAAUCAGACUUGAAAAUGAAAAACUUGUGCUUUGUCAAUAUUUUACUCGGCUUGGAGUUCGUUAUGACCCAAAAAGAAGGAAAAGCAACAAAUGUAUAACAAUAUAUCGUGAAAGGGUGCUUACGUGGCUCAUUCUUGACUAGUAAAGAAUAUCUGGUAAUAGAAAAACACCUUUACGGUGAUUUUCAAGGUUUUCUUGGUACUAAGGACAUGAUUUCUCUCAAACUGGACAGCAAAACCACGACUAUGUCGACUAUGAAUAAACAAAUGAAGCUCUGAGGAAUCAGUAAAAAAAUAAAACAAAAGAAAUAGAUAAAGAAAUGAAUAACAUAAAAUUGAAGAACCAGCAGCAAACUGACCCUUGCGCAGAACAUGACACAAGAAAAGCAAAACAAGUAAUAUUAAAAAAAUGUUUUUUAUUUUGUUUUACGUUUGUUUUGUUUUGUUCCUCUUCCCUUUGCCAUAAGGAUCAGUUUGCUGCUGUCUUGCAUUUGUUGAUUCCGUUCAUCUUUCCCUCAACAGCUUUAUUGAACUACCACGUUUUGACGACCAGGCCGAAGAAACCAAGGCUUUGCUAGGGAAUCAAGGGAUGGUUCCAACAUUGUGAUAAAUAGUACACCGUAACCAAACGCAGUGACGUCUGUACUACCGACCGAGGUCAAGAUUCUCCCAUACAGACCGACCUAGCUCGGUUAAUAAGAUGUUUAUUAUAUGGCCAAACGAGAAAGCAAAGGAAAAAAACAUUAAUAAUUUUAUUUGCUUCCUUGCGCGGGCUCAAGCAUUUAGCUGACUUUCUUCUGUCACUGGUCUCCAGUCCAAACGGGACGAAAAUUACUGUUCAAAGUCCAGCUUUGGACAGACUUUGUACAAACAAGCCAAUUUUUUCAUAUUCUUUGUUGGUAACUUUUUGAGGACAACUGUUACAACAAGAUCGUUGUAGAUGCCGGUCUAGAUGGGGAAAUCUAGACCGCGGUCAAGAUCGAUUUAAGCCAAUCAAAUUCUUGAAUUUGUUUGUUUCCAGUCCUUUUGAGACAUGUACAUAACCAUAUAAUAAUAGUUAGUCUUAAAUAUCGAACAGUGACAAGUGUACGUAAUGACCUUAUGUCUUAAGUUUAUACAGGCUCUUGUCUAUUUUUGUCUUUGCUUGCUUUGAACAGAAAAUCCUUUUGGUAGCCUCUGAAAAAGGGUAAGCUUUAUCAUUCGUAGACCAAAUAAUCCGGAAAAAAUGGCGCCAACCUUUCAUGCUUUGACUCGGAAAUAUCGCAUAUUCAGAAGAAUUUCUCCUCUGUCUAAAUAACCUGCCUCUCAAAAAUGUCCCACAAGUUUUAAGAAAGUACAAUUAAUGGAAGCAGGAACCCAUAUAGUCUCCCUCGAAGCCGUUUUUAGUAUCGUCACGCAACGCUCCUCUGGGGAGGAGCGUUGCGUGACGAUACUAAAAACGGCUGCGAGGGAGACUAGAACCCAUAUGGACUUCGAGUAAAACAGGGAGAAACUGCAGAGAGGGCUGUGGGCCGGCUUUGGCCAGUCCCGCUAUUUGAGGUGGUCGAGAAAAAAAUAUUACCUGGGGCCCGUUUCUCGAAAGUCCCGAUAAUUAACGGGCCCGGUAAGCCGUCUCCGUUUAUAUUAAAGAUCGAGGUUUCAAAUGUUUUGCAUCUAGCAUGAUAGAACUAUCAGUUAGUGAAACGAAAUGGAGUAGUUUGCUAGCCAGGAGCAGCGCUCUUAUUCUUUAUAUUUCGAUUUGAAUAUUUGAUUUCGGGCCCGAAAAGUUACGGGACUUUCGAGAAACGGGCCCCUGGUCCCAGUAGAUCAUCAGAUUCAUAACUUACAAAAGUGAAAAUAACUUUAUUAAAAAUUUGCUGCAUCGCUCAUUAUUAAAAGAUAAUUGUUUUAAAUACAUUUCUAGCCAUAUCUAAACACUUUAGUAGGAAUAUCAUGGCCCCACCCCUUAACUUAAAAAUACUCAGCCUUACGGGUUAGGAUAAGCACCAUGGCACACUUAAUAUUUCCGCGCUUUCCCUCUUAACGGCAGGUUUUUCCGCCUAGAUAAGCGAUUUCAAGUUUCUUUCAAACCUACCGAAUCUUGGACUGAAAAAAAUGGAACAGCAAACCCCCAUUCGCCCAAGUCAAGGAGGAAACGCGUCAUAUGGCCUUUAGAACAAUAGAGAAUACUUUGUUUCGAAUGUGCGAAGAAAACUGAAGAAGCCUCAAGGCCGAGAUUAGACCACGGAGAGUUAACGCGCGCGCGCGAUAACGCCACCCACGAAAAAAGUGACAUCGCGUCAACUUCAUUAUGGCAGGAGAUUUUCACGCACACUUGCGUAAUUCGCUUGCUCUAUAAUCUCUGAAAAAAACGACGAAGUACGCGAAGUGUAUGUCGAACCUGCAACCACCUUGGACAGAAUAAAAUGGAACAGCAACCAUCCCACCCCCAUUCCUCCGAAAUCAAGGAUGAAGCCCCUCUUUGACUUGUGGGGAGGGGAGAUUUCCCAUUUAUUUUGUCCACAACUCUGGUUACGUGUGUGCCAAGCUAUUCUCCUAAGAUUACAUAUUAUAAAACCAAAUUGCGUGACACAGAGCUGUGUAAACUGCCGUUUGCAAUCCAUAUUUCCUUAUUUCGUUUACCGAUAUUAUUUACCGGUAGUCAACAAGUAAAUACGAUCAUCGACACCAACCAUCAUCGUAGUAUAUCAAGGUAGGUUUUUGCAUUGCUUCUUUAGCGUUGUGAAAGAUGUAGGCAGUAGCCUAAGUUUUUAGGCACGUGAUGUCAGUGGAUGUAGGUGAUCAGUACCAGGAGCCGACUACCACUGACAUUUCGGGUCGUUUACGGAGGUGGCAAGCAACGUCGUCCACAGUGAAAGUGUUGGACAAGUUAAUUUAAGAUCAGCAGAUAAGGCAGGGUAACUGGGCGCAAUAAAGAAUGACUAUAUUAAUUUUGCAUCAUAGGGUUUUCCGAACGGUUGCCUGCACCACCGUGAGCACAACUACGUUUGCCCCCAGCAAAUAAAUCCUGACUUAUUGAGUCACUGCGAUGCUGUGAUGCAUGCAGCGACCUGUUCCUAUUUAUCACAUCAUCACAAUUUUCAAUAUGUUCAGCUGCAAAUUUCAAACAUUGAAUCAAAUUCCAUUUCAUGAAGACUUGUUUUCUUCAUUGUUAUGGGGCCGAUUUUUGUUAACCGCGUUUUCUUUGCUAACAUGCUCACUAGGAACAAGAACCGACAGGUCUUAAGGACCCAUGAGCCUCCACUAUCAUGAUCCUGACACAUCACGCAACCUAGUUUUAACUUAACUUUUAAAUAGUUCCGUUUUAAGAGCAUGUUAAAACAGAUCAUUAAUCAAGGUUAGCCCAAAUCAUGAGAAUUUUUUGGAAUGCCUUCUCAAUGUGCAACUGCUGUUUCGCCUCUCGUAUCUCUUGCUAAUGGCUAACAAUAACGAUUAAUUAUGGAGUGGACCGGAUGUCAACGAGAGCGGGAUCUUUCAUUACAAUUCAAAUACGAUACGAGCAUCCACGGGUCACAGAUUAGUUUAAAGACUAGACACCAGAAGGUGUAUACUGGGCUGCCAUAAAACCUAGACUAAAUAGAAAUUAUAUAUUGUAUGAAAACGAGAAGUUUACCACAACAGACAGCUGACAGCUAAUGAAAGGAAGAAGUAACCCUGCUAAACCCAUUCCCAUGCCAGACACCAACCCAACCCACGGGUCUCAUUAAAUUGUUUGAACUGAAACUAUAAAUAAAUGAAAAUGAUAAUUGAUGGUCGAUAAAAAGCAACCUAGGUGGGUGUACCGUGUGUUUAUUUUUGCGGAUUGGGCAUUUUUUCUGUUUCGCGGGAACUAAUUUUUGAGACUAGGUGUUAUGACGCAAGAGUGUAGCGUGAUUGUGAGAUGGCGUGAUUUUACUCCUUUUAAACUUUGUUAUUUUAAAUAGUUUCCCUCGUCUGUCAGAGUUUACUACUUUACGCGGUUAAACAUUUGAAGUAUUCAAUUAAAUUAACAACGUAACUGAGCGAAAGAGAACUUGCUGACAGAUCGGAUUAAAAACUAAAGCUUAUAGAUUCAAGAAAGUCACGAUUUCGUGUGGUGUGUGAGCGAGCCAUUGUACUGUGAGGAUUGAAGCUGUGAAAUAAACCCUGUUUUUGCUUAAAACUGUGAUAUCGUGAAGAACGGCCGUACGACAUUCACGACACUAGGACACAUUGGUUUUUCUUGCUGAGAAUUAAUUUUCAAAAAUUACCCAGUACCCAGGAUUUCGUUCUUGGUAAGUACAACUACAUCUAAAAUCAAAUCCUAUCAGGAACACCCACAGACGUAAACAUUUCCGGUCAAUUGAUUUGUUUUAUACAUAUUAAAAUAACAACAGCCUCUGUAUAAACAUCUACAUUCGACAUUAGAAGAUUAAUCACUAAAUACGUGAUUACAAUAAUUGUAUAAAUGAUGAUAAAAACAAAGAAAGAUAAAAUUAAUACAAAAAUUAAACGUAAAAGCACAGGGGCACCCAACGAGAAUAUAGUUCAAAAACACUUAAACACAGCAUUGUUAAACUAUUUUAGUAUUUAAACGGUAGAUAUAGGCAUAUUUUUCAUCUCUUCGGAUUUACUAGCUGAAAGUCUUAUGAUCCGAAUAGUAUAGGGAUCAAAACUUAACUUUUCGAACCUGAAUGUCAGGCAGAAAAAGGCUCCCUAAUAUUCUAGAUGGCCUUUUUAGGGUAAAAAUCCGUUAACAAUGAGCAAUUAUACCAUUUUUUAGAUGUUCGAAAAUCCUAGGAGAGGCAGGCAAGUAAGAAAUUUUACAACAAAUGUUCCGAAAAUUCUAGAUCUCAAAUCGUCUUCCAACAGAUAUUUUCCGAAAAUUGACUUUGGGUGCCCCUGAAAGCAAGGAUAUGUUACCUAAAAGCUGGCUACUGAAGUACUGAAUUCUUCCAUAAGGCUGUUGUGUUGAUCAAAAACACUGUUGAAUUUCACUGAUCAAGUUGCUUGUAAAGUUUACGUACCGAACAGUUUGAGUUUAACAGUUAAUUCGGGUGAUUCUUUUAGCGCUUCUAACUCAGUACAACUCAGUACGUAUCGCACUAACUGUACAAGGUUUCCUGAUAGACUCACUCGGAAGAGUUCGCUUGUAAAUGGGUCUCUCGUCAUGAUCUAUACCACUUCCAAAAUGUACUCUUGCCAUCUUUUACUGUGGGCUAACCAUCAACAGCGUUUACAUUCGUAUGUUUGCUUUCGUAUGCUUCCAUCGAAGAUAGAUUGCUUGAUAGUAUUGAAUCGUUUCGAGCUACUCGGAAUGUACUCUGCUGAAGUCCGCUGAUCUAUUCUACGCAUUCUACGCAUACGUACACUUAUAUCUUGCGCUCGCGCUGAACACGCCAGAGUGCGAUUUGGGCCAGAAGGAAAAACUAAUCCCAUUUUAUAACUGGGCUUGCCACAGGUAGCCCAGUAAAAACAAGUUUAGCCUUAAAACUCAUAGACUAGAUAAACCUCCGUAUAAAUAAAUGAUUGGGAUCUUCAUUUAGGACCGUGUAAAAGGAUAAUAUGUGGACGGUGGAGAGUGAAAGGCGGACGGCGGACGGAGAAUAAUAAUAAUAAUAAAGAAAAAAAAAAAUUUUGUUCAUUUCCAAAAAUAAUUUUUUGCUCAUUUCCAAAAAUAAUUUUUUCAUCCAUUUGCAAAACCUGUCUAUCAAUGGCAUGUUUUUGGUAGCCAGUCAGUGACACAUAGCGGGGCCAAAAAACUUACUUGAUGGUUUCUCUAAUUAUGGUUCUUCCAGAUUUAUUGUUGUGGUCUAGACACAUUUAUAGUCCCCACAAGAAACUGAAAGGAUUUAAACCAGCACAACAACUGUGACUAGAAAUUUACGGAUGACCCUUUAAAAAAGUUUGCAAGAAAAGUUCGUUUAAGAAGAACCAAAAGCCAAGAAAACCAAGGCACGACCUAAAAGAUCUUUAAAAACAUAACAAAUUUUGCUUUUGAAUACAUGUAGCAAUUUUUGGAUUGGUCUUUGGAAUGAUGUGAACUCAGAUCGAGACAGCUGAGGCACCAAACCGUCAGUCCCGUUUUUGUAGCUAUCAGUACAAUUGACGUCAAUUGCCUUGAUAUCGGCCAGCAUUUUCCAAAUUUGGUCAAGGCUGGCUGAUUACGAAAAAAUUACUAUACCUUAGCUGGGGGAUGUAAGCCAAUCACAAACGUGGAAAUAUUUUGAAUGAAUAAUGAUUCGAUUUAUCUAGUUUCAGGGUUAUUUCAAGUGAGAUAUUCUCCCAGAGAUCGUGCAGUUGUCUUCUUAUUACUCUGCGAUAACAAGAUGCCUCAACAAAAACUUCUGAGCUGGAGAAGCUUCUUAACAGUGGAGCCUAUCAUACUAUUUUAUGCAUACGGCCUCUUCACAAGCUUGCCUUUGUUUCGGCAAUAUGUGUACAGUGUCAUCAGUGACGGGAAAGGGUUUCCAUAUAAGGAGCUAAUAAUGGAAAAAGAAGGUCCUGGGUGUCACGAAGACGUCUUUGGAGCAAACGCCACUUUAAAACGACUAGAGGAAGAAGUAAGACGGAUUAAAUUUUUUGAGUUUACUUGGCAAUCUGAGGGCGGCACAUAAGGGUCUCAGGGGCUUCCUCUUUCUCCGCCCUUAAUCACGACACAUCCCUAAUCUCUAAUUUGACAAAAGAAUUUUCCACCAAUAACCUUAGUGCUUUUCUUUGAAUUUGAAACUACUUAAGAAAGUUCAAGUCGUACUCCGACCAUUAACUGGGAGGCUGCUUCCAGGAAGUUCUGAGUUCAUCACCGCACAGAGAUGAUACCAAGUGGAUAAUACCAACUGAAGGACCCAAUGCAAAUUUUUAUUUUGCUUUAUUUAUUUGAGAAACUUACCCUAACCUUUGACAUUCUUGUUGAGCUAUUUUGAAAAAAUAACUCAUAUGUCAGUGGUGUGAGCGUAUGUAUCUCCGUGGCUUUGUGGGUUUGUGUGUUCGGAUUUCUGUUGCAGGAGCCAGUAAGGUUGAAUGUACUAUGGGUUAACUCUUAGGAACCAAUGAGAUUUUGGCAUCCCAACUUGACAUUGCUUAAAGUCAAACUGGGGGCACUUUGAGACCGCCAUCUUGAUUCUUCACAAUCUUUUCGUCUUUCAUUAUGGCUAAGGUGUUUAGAAGCACAACAUUGAAAUAUCUUCGUGAUUCAAACGCUUUUUACAGUCUGUGAUGUUUAAAGUUCAUUGCCAACGAGUAAGCCGAGCGAAGACGGUCGGCUUGCGAGACGGCCAGCUUAAUGCCACGCGAAGUAUUGCAGCAGGCAGAAAAUUUCUCGAUCGUGCUGUGAAAAGUGUAAUGUAAGUGUAAUGUGAGGUGUAGAUUCCCUGGAGAUUUUAGUAGCGUUAGAUUUCACGUGUAGUUUCACGUGACUUUUGAUGACCUUACGCAAGUAUUGCAGCAGGCAGAAAAAUUCUCGGUCGUGCUGUGAAAAUUGUAAUGUAAGUGUAAUGUUGCCUAGUCCCUAGGCCUCAUUGUUAUGCGCGGCCAAUGGGGUCACGUGGUUCGAGAAAGUUUUUGAGGCCUAGACAAACUACGGAGAAGUGAGACAUUUUGUCUCACUUGGGGCGGAGCUUUUGGAAGCGGGUGAGCUGUCAAUAACUUUUCCGCGCUGAUGAAAGAUGUCCAGCAGCCAUGAAGAGUACAGAGGAUGACGAGGCAAACCGAGCAUUUUUAUUAUAUGCACAUUUUCAUUGUUGAAAGUAGUUGGCCUUUCUUUUUCAUUUAUCUCAUUAAACUAAUUUGAACUUUAUUUCAUCUCAAAAACUAUUUGUAGGCUAAGCAAAACAGCGUCCGGCAAAAAAAUUAUUUCAUUAAGAAUCGGAAGGUAAGCUAAAGAAAUGAGUUUAUAUUUAUUCUUCGAUAUGAAAAGCUACCUUUCGUUUCUCUAUUUUCGCUUGCUCUUAUAAUUUUUGGAUUUGGAAGCUUAUUAAACUAAUCAGACAGGCUGUUGAAUUUGGUCUCCAAAUUUGGUAGAAUGUCAACAUACUACUGUUUCAAAUCUUUUUAUCAAUAAAGAAAUAUCAUUUUAAUGGUUCAUUUGAAAAUGAACUAAAGGAGAAAUUACUUGCACGUUAUAAAGUAGUAUUCUUUCCGAUUCAAAGUAAUAUUUUUGUUCUUUAAUAAUAGAAACCAGGUUAGUAAUUUUUGUAAUAGUGUCAAUAGUGCCGAUCUUUAAGCAAAGGAUAUUCACGCGCAAGGUUAUUUAUAGAUUAUUUCAGUUUAACGUGUGAACGUUUCAAAAAUGCAAAAAUUGCUCACGCAUGCUCACUACGAGAUUGUCUAGGCGUCUCCCGGCCGUUCGUCUCGGAUACGUCACCGAAAUGCAUUUACCUAGAGGGCCUGGAAAGACGCCGUGCAGGGACUAGGCAAAGUGUAAUGCAAGGUGUAGAUUCCCUGCAGAUUUUAGUAGCGUUAGAUUUCAUGUGUAGUUUCACGUGACUUUUUCGCACGUAUUUAAUAAUUUAUGAGUGAUGUUUCACCUGCUUCAAGGUAGAGUACAAAACUUCAUGUAUUUUUCAAAGUUCUUCCAAUGAAACAAUAGUUGAAAUUUAGAUAUGGACCUAUGCGGGAGUAUGCGGCCUAUAAAUUGUGGUAUUAGACAGUUUAAAAAGCAGGAUAUGUUUUUCGAAAGCUGUACAGGGUACUGGGUUAAUCCCGUAAACAAGCUUUAUUCUCUCGCUAGCAAAGUUCAACAGACCUUUUUCGUUCCGGCAAAAAAAAAAAAAAAAAAAAACGCGAAUUAGGUGAACAACAUAAUAUAUGCUUGCUGCUUAAGAGUCAUUAUAGUUAUUGAAACGUAUUUUAUUUAGUUAAGAUGCGUAACUUAAGUAGACACAGUAGCGUUAGAGAACAAAAUUAGAAGAAGCUAGUUGACAAAAUAAUUAGACAUUGUUUUAUUGAGUGGAAUAACAUGAUAUGAGUAGAAAUAUAUUUCGGCAGUUUGAUUAUUUUCUUGCAAGGAAAUAAAUGUUAAGCUAGCCACCUUUAACUUUGUGUAAAGCCAGGUGAUUACUUAAAAUCGUUUGAGCAAAUUUUCUUGUUUAUAUUACUACAUGAGAAAUUUCUGCAAUUUGAUUGGCUUAGAGCAGUGGUAUUUCAGCUUAAUUUGAAAUACCUACAUUUGAAAAUUACAAACCUUUUGCGGGUAGUAGUAUAAACAAAUAAUAGCGUGAUUUGUACGUGAUAUUUGGCAUAAAUACCACUCGUGAUAUUUCGAAAUUGUCUCACCGUUCACUCGCCGGGACGGCUCAUGAAAUUACGUAUGACAAUUUCGAAAUAUCGCUCGUGGCACUUAUGCUAAAUAUCACUACAAAUCAUGCUAUUACCUACACAAACAAUUUACGUUCUUUUAUUUACGAAUUGUAAAAGGGACAAAGUCCAACAUAUUCACGAGCAAAUUGUGUGCGUGAGUUAUUUUUGUUAUCCUGCUUACUGGAUUACUGUGUGAUAACUCGAAUUCCCGGCCUGACGUACAAACCACAAAAUGGACAAAGUCCAACACUUUCACGUGCAAACUGCGUGACUGUAUAUCUCAUGCAGACUGGCUUUUCACAGUGAUAAUUGUAACUUGAAUGUAUGAAGACCUUUUUAGUUUAGUUACUAGUGCCUUAAGUAAAGGCUGUUUUCUUAAUUAAGAAGAAAUAACCUAGAACACUUUUAGAAUCAAGUCGUCAGAGUUAAUUAAAGACUGUUUCAUCAAGUACAAUCACACGUGAAAAACUCGUGAAUAAUGAUGAUGCAAUCAUCUACAAAAAUGAUGAAAAUCGUGACAUUUCUUAGCUAUUCGGUAUUCGACGAGCAUCAUUAUCUUAAGAAACCAGGAAGAAACCUUGAAACCUUCGAGUCUUUCCUCUACUUUUAAUGAACAAUUUACUUAAUUUGCAACAGAUGUCAGAAGAAAAGACAAAGAAAAGUGAAUCUAUAGUAUGAGGGUCGACUCGGCUCAGCUGUGCGCAGAGGUUCGCGUUUUCAUUAAUGUACAGCAAUCCCCAAUUUCAUACAAAAAUCUUAAUUUACGACUAAAAAAGUUGUAGACUGUUGAUACGGUUACAUUGAAGCAUUCAAAAUAGCUUAUGCACGUUAAACGUGCCUAUGUUUAUCUUUUUGUCAUUACGCAGGUGCAAAGUCUAGCCACGAAAAUAGACUUAGGGAACACCUUUUUCAUGACCAUUCCGUCGCUAAUUGUUGCACCAUUUUGGGGUCCUUGGACUGAUAAGACAGGUCGGACAAAACCUGCCCUCAUAGCACCUGAAAUUGGAGGUGUUUUGGGAACUGUAGUGAUGCUUAUGGUAAUGUACCUCGAUUUGCCUUUGUAUGUGAUGUUUGUGGGCUCAGCUCUGAUCGGAAGUUCGGGAUUUUUGACGACUCUCUCGUUAGCCGUCAUGUCGUAUAUCGCCAACACAACUGAGAAGACAGGAAUCGCCUUCAGAUUAGGUGAGACCUAUGAUAUAAACAUUUGUAGAGUUUGCUUUAUAUUGCAGGUAUAAGAGCAUUACAACACCCACAAAUAUAGCUAACAGAGGGGAUUAUUUCUGACUGUUCCCAUUCUUGCCUGUUGCCAUGAAGUUGUUAUCGCAGGCACGGUGAAUAGCCUGCGAAAACUUGCCCCAUGAAAGGAAAUCCGGAGUCCGGAAACCGAGAAAUUCUUGUUGGUGGAUUCCAGAAUCCUGGGCUUUGGAACCCGGAAUACAUCGUAAGGAAUCCAGAAUCCCGCUAACGAUAGAAUCUGGUGUCCUGAAGUCCCACUGAUUCUGGAAUCCAUUACCUGGAAUCCGGAAUCCAUGGCAUGGAAUCCAGAAUCCAAGACUGUCUUGGAUUCCCUUACAUGGGGCGAGAAAAUAGUCGUUUGGUGUUGUUCACCGCUACGAGGGACAGUGAAAGGCGGCUGUAUUCGCAGGAUAGCGCUUGAAAAAGCCAGUAAAGAGAAGAAGACCGGGAGCAAGGACCCAAAAGGAGCGCGGAUGUUUCAGGCCUGUAUAGCCGUACUUCAUGUGUAGAAAGAAGUAUAGAGAGAAUACUAACUGUUUCGUUUUACUUUCAGCCAUUAUGCAGAUGCUUGUUUUCACUAGUGGAGUCAUUAGUCAGCUGACCAGUGGUUUGUGGAUUGAUAGGUUCGGGUUUAUUGCACCAACAUGGCUCGUCCUUGCCUGUCUAUUGGCGAGCGGCCUCUGGGCCGUAUUCAUGGUGCCAGAACUCCAUAAUCAAACCGCGAAUGUCAAACACAAGUUUUUUGAUCUCAAAAAUUUGAAGAUUCCUGUAAAGGUCUUCAAGAAGCCACGCCCAGGGAGUGCACGAAAAACUCUGCUGCUGGUGGCGUUUGCAGGAGCCAUUCUAACCGUAACGGAUCAGGGACUUGGAGUUGUUCCAGCUCUUUUCGUGAUGAGGAGUCCGCUGUGUUUUGGUCCAACGCUUGUGGGUUACUUCCUGGCGUACAGGAUGUUCCUUCAGGGAUUUGGAGGAGUGGUGGGAGUAAAGUUGUUCCGAAUUUGUUUCAGCGAGAAAACAACUUCUCUUAUCGCGAUUCUUAAUCAGAUGGUUGAAAUGGGAAUCCUGGCGUUUGCAGACCGCACAUGGUUGGUUUUCACUGGUAUGUUGGCAGGGUUUUGUUUUCAUCUGUCGUGAAAUUUUUUGAUGUGAGUGGAUUCAAAUAAGCUUGUAUGCAGCAUCUCCUAAAGCAAAGGAAAUAGCGGAAGCCGUCUGUAUAUAUGCCGCCUAUGUAAAACCAAGUUUACUGGUGAGCGUAACGUAAUGGAUAAAGUUGAAUAGACCUUUCCCGUUUUCCCGUAUUGGACAACUUGAUACAAAUCACUGUAUUUUUCCACCCAAGCCUCUAAUUUGUGCCAGGUAGUCGCAGUCAUGAAUUCAUUUCUAAAUUUUGCAAUUUUUUGUCUUACUCUGUAGCACCUGCGUUGGGAUUUUUCAGUGGAGCUGUCGGUCCAAUUUUGAUCGCCAUUGCAUCGAACACAGUCGAAGCUGAUGAACAGGGUAUGUGCCUGUAAGAUCGCAAUAGUACGUGAGAUUUAAAACUACAGUGCUAAGUUUUGCUGUAAAAAUUGGGGAACACAGAGUUGCUAACUCUAGUACGGAAGGUUUUAAUAGAUUAUUCUGUCGCUAUGGUAACGUGAUGUGUUCAAUGGAUGAAUAGUGGGAAACGGAUCUAUCAAACUACAGAGCAUUUUCACAUGACGUCACGGCGGCCAUAUUGGUGUUGCAAAACAAAGAAACGACGGCCAUGUUAGUGUUCCAAGAUUUACCAAUCCUGUGGGAGUUGAACUCUUCUCUUAUGCAAACGCUUUCUUUUCUUCCAAUAAAUUUGCGUAUUUCAAAAAAAGAUGUUUAAGGAGCCGUUGUUAUGUUAUUAUUUGUUGCUUAUUUUGAAGCCUUGUUACAAUUAUCAUUGAAUUUGUGCCAGUUCACACGGUACUCUCUGGAAUUUGGGGAUAUAAAUAACUUUUUAUCAUUUUUCUAAAAAAUGCCUGUUCAGCGUUUUUCUCCAUAUUGAAGCACAGUUUCUCUGAAAAAUGCGUGGUUACCCCAGUUUUCUUUUCUGGGAAAAAUACUUCCCAGUAGUGGGCACUGUCCUUAAUUUCCUAAUUUUUUUAAAACUUCAAUAAAAAGUUGUAAAUGUUUGAAAGCUGAAACUAGUGUUAUGGUCAGAGCCCUGACCAUAACACUAGAACUCGCCCAAAAGUUCCAGUUCGAUUAUGUUCGAUUGGGUCAUGUCGCGUGUCUGGUUGUGAAAAUUACAACAUUUCUGUCAACAGCGAAAAGUAUCGCGUCGGAUUUCAGCCUUGUGAUUAAAAUAUUUCCAUAAUAGCGCUCUUAGAUAUCAACUUCGGCCUUCAUUUUCUCUACUGCUAUUUAACGAAAAUGCUUCAUUUUUGGAAUUUGAGUCCAAGUUAAGAGUACAUUUCAAGUAAGGGCCAGUUUUGUAAGCAUGAUCAUUUGUUGACUUUAUGGCAGUUCUAAUACCUUGCAGUGUGUUGAUAAUAUCUUAAACUUUCAGUAAAAGUAUCAAGCUUAACUUUGAAGUACUCCUGGGUUAGCUAAUCGAAUAAAACCGAACAAAAAUCAAUCGAACUCAAUCAAACCCAAUCGAGCAUAAUCGAACUGGAACUUUUGGGUGAGUUCGGGGUGAGUUCGAUUACCGAACUUAAACGAACCAAUCGAACUCAAUCGACGCAAUUAGUUAGGUUUUGUUCGGCAGAAGGACAAAACGCAUCCAGGUUCAAUUGAAUUGGAAAGAUCUCCCUCUGGUAUGUUUGUGAAGCAGUUAGAAAUUAAACAAAAAUAUUUCAAUUAACCAGGAAUUAAAUAAAAUCUUUAGUGUUAAAUUAAAGUGAUUCAAAAUCGAUAAAUUCACAAUUAAUACUGGGAAACAUGUACGGCGCAAUAAAACCUCAGAGCAUACACAGGCAAAAUUUAUUGUCUUGAUAAGAUAUUUGUACAUAAUAACAGGCAGUGCUUAAGGGCGGUAACGGACAUAAGACUUACACUCUUACACUUCAAGUUUGUCGGUCAGUUGCCAAAUUAUAUAAAGCGUGAGAUGAGUUCGAUUGUGUUCGAUAAGCUACGCCGGGAGAACGUUGCAAAUUUCUCUCGUAUGACCGCGAUGAAUCAUUGUUUCACACCUUCGUCUAGAGCUAUACAAUACAAUACAAUACAAUAACUUUAUUUAAAGAGGGAAGCGCAAUAACCUAUUACAGUUUUCUAACCUACGGCCCUCAAAAAAUAAAUAAAUAGAUAAAUAAAUUUAGAAAACUAAAAACAAAUAAAUUUAUAAAUAUAUAUAUAUACACAAAAGAGACAAUAUUUAAAGUAGAAUAGGCUAUAAACACGUAAUACAAGGACCAACUAAGCGGUUAUGACCAUGCGCAUUUAAGCACGCCUCAAUCCCCCUCUAACAUUGUGCAAACGAAUAAUUUGGUUUCUUUUUUUUUUUAUUCAGGUUCCUUGUUCUGUGCCUACGGGAUUCUGAAUAUCUUUUCAAUGUUUAUUGGUGCAAUGAUUUUUAACAAUGUAUACGAAUCGACGCUGGGCAUCGGCUUCAAUGGCUUAGUAUUUGUGUUAAACGCUGCUUUGAAAAUUUUUCCACUUGUAAUUAUCAGGUAAUGAAAGUUAAGGUAGUUGUAAUUGGUUCGUCUCAUUCAAAACCAGGCUGAUCGGCGUGAAUAAAACAACAUCUGUCAAGCUAUUCUAUGAUAGCAAGAUCCAUUAUGGCUCUUAAAAUAAUAGCUACAAUACUCUUCAAAUUUCGUUGAAACACUAGACUAAAAGUGAGGUUUUUUCAUGUCACGCCUUUUCAACCAACUUUUCCCCGUGUGUGCUUCUUCUCUCCUUCCCCAAUGUUGACAUUGGCGUUUAUUUGCAAAUGGGUGAUACGUGCAUCAAAAUUGGAGAGGGCGUAACGUGACAUUAAGUAUUUCAACAAAUGUGUGGAGUAUUGCAGCCUCUGCUGUGCAUGCGGGAUUCAUUUGAAACUUAAUUUGUUUUUGCUAUGUUAAUAGCACUCAGUUUGAAAGCUCUUUUCCCAAUCUCCAGUUUGCGAACUGUGCGUUGUCUGCAAUAAGAAACCUAAAGUCAAUUGACUUUUAAUUUUAUAUUUUUCUUGUUUUCCACCGGUCGUUUUCUCAUCACACUAAUAUAUAUCUGUUGUUCAAUUGUGCUUCAGUCUUAAACUUCUUGGCUAAAAUUACAAUACAUGGAGUUUAAUAUUUUGAUUUAUUUUGGAUAAUUAAUAAUAAGAUUCUUCAAUUUAAAAGCCAUGAUUACUUCCGUGCUAAGAUUUGGAAACGAGUUACCAUGCGUUUCGGUUCAUCUUCUUCUUCAAAAUGGGAAAAGUUAUUUCCUUUGUGAAGUUUCAGGAAUUCAGUACCUUGUUAAAUUUAAGAAGGGGUUUGGGGCGGAUAGGUUUUUCCACCCUGUGCAUUCCUUACGUUUAAAGAAUAGCAUUUAUGGGAGUUUUUGGUGUUACUUUGAAAGUGACGUCACUGGUUCAAAUACUUGAUUUCAUUCUUUCUAAUAACGUAAUAAUCAUUUGUGUUUACCGGGCAAGAACACUGAGAACAUGACCUAAGUGCUUUUGUUUCUAUAUUUCUUUUUUUGUAGCUGCAUGCACAUUUCACCGCCAGAAGUUGAAGUACAACAGAUUGAAAUGGUAGAUGAGGAGCCUGGAUUGAAGAGCGAAGAAGCAAAUGGCAAUAAACAAGACGACACCAACGAGAACCAAGUAGACAAAACAGCCUAGAACCCAGAACACAUAGAGCUUGUGCAGAAGACAGCAAAUAGUUAGAACAUUUACUGGGAAAACCUGUUUCACUUUUUUCCCAAAGCCUUACAAUGGGCCCACUAACGGGACUUAAUGGAGUCGUUUAUCCGUUCUUUGCUUACCAAUCAGAACUAACCAUGCAAAUCAUUUUUUGAAUCUAUAAAUCUUUUGUAAGCCAGUUUAGAAGAAAGUCUAUUAUUUGAGCUUGUAAGGUAGCUGAAACAAUCAAGUCAUCACUUUCAAAAACAACAACAACGACAAAAAUUAAAUUCACUUCAGAAACUGAUUGUAUUGUACAAGUCCUAUGGGCUCCCGAAGCAUUUGAAUCUGUUUUUCUUUCUAAAUACACUUGAAAUAAAGGGGAUAUAAGGUAGGAAAAAAGAUAGUCCAAUCACGAUGUAGGUGUGUAUAUAUUAUAUAGUACUAUCCACAAGGGUAAAAUCCCGAUACUGAGCGACAUGGCCUUGAAACAGCGUCUCAAGACAGCUUAAAUGGCGACAAACGACACAAAGAUGGGCUGAACCUGCGGCAGGGAAAAAGAAAAGCUCAUUGAACAGUGUUAAGGGUGGAUUACAGUUAAACUCCGUGUGUGUAUUAUACUUGAGUACUUUUCCUUGAAAAUCUUGUCAGAAUGUCAUUCGAUUUUAAAAAUAAAUCACUC